AUGGAUUCUGAAAGGUUCCAAGGAGCAGCAGAAGGUAGAUCAAAAACUGGCAUUUACAAUCGCGAUGAUGCAGGAAAAAUGGUGGACCUGACCCUCAAACUAGGGUUACCAAAUGAACAUAAAAAUGAUGAUCAUCUUGCCAACUUUAACUUCAGUGGCCCCUACACUCCUCUUCAGGGAUCAUCAAACAACCACGGGAUGAUUGGGGCAGGUGGCCAAGUUGGUGUGUUUCAUUAUGGGCUGGCUAAUGGAGGAGGAAAUGCCGCAAUGGCAAACAUAGGAUCAAGCAUCCCUAACGUUGGGCAAAACUUCAUUAAUGCAAGCCAAAUAAGUGCAUGGCCCUUACCCGAGGCAGAGAUAGGAAAUUCUUCUAGAGGAUCAAUAAUGGGAAUUUCUGAUUACCCUAACUUCAAUCCAAGGCCUAGCUUGAGCCUUAUGAAUGGCUACAUAGUCCUGGAUAGCCCUUCAAGGAAGGUGAAUGGUGAUGGAGAUGAGAGUGGAAACUCUUCUAGGAGGAAAGAGGUCCCAAGACGACAACGCUAUGGAAGCAGUGUUGAUCCUAGCAAGAGGUGCACCAACUACAACUGCAAUACUAAUAACACUCCGAUGUGGCGCAAAGGUCCCCUCGGCCCCAAGACAUUGUGUAAUGCUUGUGGAAUAAAGUAUAGAAAAGAAGGGGAGAAAAGAAGAGCCAAGGAAGCAGCCAAAGAUUCGAAUGCUUAA